CAAAAUGGCAGAAGGUUUGGUAGAAGAUUGUCGUUUGCUGUUAUCUCGGUUCGAAAGCCGUGGCACAGUGAGAUUCGAAGUAUUUUCUGAAUUAUGGAGAGAGAUGAACUUUUCACUUAUACAUUGUGGGAGAAAAGAUGCCAAUGGUCGAAUUCAAAUAACAGAGUAUCUCUACCGUAUAAUCUUAUCCUACUUGUCACCAUCCUGUACAUUCAUAUAUAGAGUAGGUGCUAUCUAUGCACUGUAUGGUGUGUAUAGUACUCAGCUUUGCAAUCCUAAAAUUAAGAUAAGAAUGACUAUACUAACAUGGAAUAAUCUGAAAGAUCUACAUGAAGAGUUAAUUUAUCUCAAACACCAUGAUGCAGAUUUCAUUCUAAGAUCGUUAAAAAACUCAAAGGCAUUUUUGUUUUGUGCCUUACCAACCCAGAUUGCAUAUGGCUCACGAGAUGGCAUUACAUCUAGAGAAGGAGAGCAUACUGCUGCAAUAGCACUUGAAGCUGAUCAAGUAAUAGAUAAAACAUGUGGAAUGCUAGAGCGAAUACACAAAAUUCAUAAUAAAUACCAAAACACAAGAGAAAGACUUUUCUCCUUUGAAGAUACCAGUCUUAGCAAGAGUGCUUUAGAUGUUGUUCAUACAGGCCUUGCUGUGGAUAUUGCAAGAGACAUAGAAACAUUUGAUAAAUGGAAACAAAAUAGAUGCCUUAAGCAUGUCCUGAAUCAAAGGAAAAGCACUAUCCUUAUGAUACCGGAUGAUAAUUUUGAGAAAAACAGACCAAGAGUAUCUGCAAUGGAUAACCUAACACAAAACACUUUGACAGAGUCUGCGACAAGGGCAAAAUUACUUGAGCAAAUCAAGAAAAGGUCAUUUUCACAAGUUGGAAAGGUAUCGCGCAGUAUGCGACACUUAAAACCAACUGCAGCUGAGGAUGAUAGUACAAAUACUAAAAGACAGAAAGAUGACAAAUAACACCACGUAAUGUAAAUGGAAUAUUAUUUUGUAUGAUCUUAUGUUUUCAUCAAUAAUCUUUAAAAAGCUGAUAAAAACAUUGACAAUUCAAAUAUAAAUUGUUUUGAAAAUUAUAAAUGGGAAUAUGGGGUCUACAGGGAGGUUAGAAAACUAAAAACAUUUUUGUUCAAUUUGUAACUUUAAUCUAUUUUUUCACUUAACAUUUCAUCGUAAUAUUUGUAAAGAGCAUUGAGAAUCUAUAAUGCGCUAUAUAAGAACGUAUUUAUUAUUAUUAGUAGUAGUAAGAGAUUUAAUUUUGACCACUUUAAAUGAGAGGAAUUUAUAAAAAAAAAAUUAAUUUCUCUCUGAACACUCCUUUCAUAAAUAUUGGAUAUCAUAAUAUCCAGGCUAACUGGAGUAUUUGAUGAAGGCUAUCACUAGUUUUAGCCAAAAGGUCAUGUUUUUUAUUCAAAUCUAUACAUUUUAUCCCAAAUCCUACAUUUCAUGUUUUUGUACCAUACAUGAAGUAUUAUAUAACUAAACCCUUGCGAUAAAGUCUGAAUUUAAAGAUAUCAAACAUGGGCUAUAGACUGAUCCCAGCUAUAAUGAGUGUCCACCCAAACGAUGGGUAGUUUUCCCAAUGGAAUACAGAAUGUCCGACCAACAAACUGAAAUCCAUAAGAUUUUUUAGUAGUUAUCGAGUCUUCUUAAUUAAUAUACCUUUGGAAUGCAUUGGUUCUAAGACAGACAUUUACAAUGUUCAGCAAUCAGUGUCUGUUCCAUGCUGUAUAUCAAGACAGAUUUUUAUCUUGUCUGACGUAGCAACAGUAACUAAGGAGGUAGAGUAAUGAAUGUGGAAUUGGUGUAUUCCAACAUGGACCUGAUACUGAUAUAAUUUUAAUACUUAUUAUAAUAUUCACGAAUUGUUCAAAAA